GGCGGCCACCUGUUUUGAGAAUGCUGCAACCAAGCUGUGGAGAGAUCUAUAGUAAUCACGUUCCUGACCUGCAGGAUGGUUGGAGAGAGGAGUUCAAAGUUCAAAGCUGCAGCUUCUCUGCUCCAUCUCCCGUCCAUAAACACCAACUAAUAGGGCAGCAUGAAUCUCCUCAGGGUGAUCUGCUAGUUUUAACCUGGAGCUGGAGCCUUCAGUCAAUGUGCUCAGUCAACGCUGAAGGCGGCAGAGUCAAGUUUAAAGUUAGAGGAGACAGAGGCCUGAGGGGGAUCCAGCCUGAAACGUUUGGUUAGAAGUCAACUAAAACAGAAAGCCAGAGUUGUGUUAAAAACCCUGGACGCCUCUCUACUUCCUACCUUCCCUGCUUUUCUGAGGUUUGUAACUUUCUACCAUCACAGCAAAGUUAAGGACCUGCUUCAACCCCACUAGUGCUGAAAAACCCGCAGCAACAUCCUGACAACAUGGAAAGACUGAUCAACUUGAGAAGCACUCUUGUCCGUUCAGGACAUCCUGCUGUCUACCAGUUGAAAACAAAAAAGGAGGAGCUUGGAGGUCUGACAAACGUGAAAAUUGGUGAAAAUGAUAUUAAAACAAAUAAAACCAUCUUACUCAUUGGUGAAACUGGAGCAGGAAAAUCUACUCUGAUCAACACUUUGGUCAACUACGUCAUGGGAGUGAAGUUUGAGGAUAAUGUCUGGUUUCAGAUUGUAGAAGAGGAGGAAGGUGGGACAUCAGAUGUGAUCGUGUAUGAGAUCUUUGGUUUUGAAGACAGUCCUCUCCCAUACGCUCUGACUAUCAUUGAUAGUCCUGGAUAUGGAAACACAGAGGGGAUAAAACAUGAUAGAAGGGUCAGUAACAAAUUAUUUGAUGUGUUUCAAUCAAAGGCUGGAGUUGACCAAAUUCAUUCAGUGGCUCUUGUGAUGAAGGCAACUGAUAAUCGACUGAGUGAUCGACUGAUGUAUGUUUUUAAUUCAGUGAUGUCUCUGUUUGCAAAAGACCUAGAGAGAAACAUCAUAGCUCUCAUCACACACUCUGAUGGAAGAAAACCUAAAAAUGCCCUUAAAGCUCUUGAGGAGGCAAAAAUAAAAUGUGAUGAAAACAGGAAGAAUCCACCUGUUUACUUCCUCUUUAACAAUUGCCAACAUGAAGAUUGAACAGAUGAAAUAGAAUCUCUGAUAAGGGCUAACAAAUUGUGUGAGAAAGAGAUUAGCCAGUUUAUAACCUAUCUGGAGAAAAUGGAACCCCAAAAACUGAAGGAAACUAUGGACGUUCUGAAUGCACGCAUCAGUCUGUUGUCCUUCAUUCAAAAUUUAGAGGAAAACAUUACGCAAGCUGAAAUGAAACAGACAGAAUUUAAACAGAUUCAAGAUGCUCUAAAUAACUACAAAGACAUAAAGGAC